AUGGGUUUCAUGAAUCACCAUAUCCAGAGAUUCAUCGACAUAGCUUGUUGCCAGGGGCCGAUCUGUAGUAUCAGAACCGGUGGUGCCCGAAGGGAAAAAAAAGAAAACCCAGCCCACCCACUCCCGCAUCCCCAAGUCCACCUUCUUCCCCGUCUCGAUCCCGGCGACACCCCGCUCCCACCUUCUCCCCGGCUGGAUCCCGGCGCCGCCUCGCCCCCACCUUCUUCCCGGCGCCGCCCCACCCCCCCACCUUCUCGGCGCCGUCCCCACCUCCCGGCCACGCACCGCCCCACACCUCCUAAGGGACGCCCGCCCCUGCGACACCACGCCACCGGCCUGCUCACCGGCGAGGCCCUCCUCCCCCACUACCGCCAUGGUCGUUCGACGCCAUCACUGCAGGUCGUUCGACGCCACCACCGCAUGCUGUCCUCCUCGGCAAAGAGCGUGACCGGUGGCCGCUUGAGGCCAGGCUCAUCUGCGCCGCCCACGACGGUAGCGUCUGCAAAAUCAAGAGUCACUUGUCUAAAGUCAAGGGUCCACGACAUAUGUUUCAGAAGAUCAGUACCAUCAUUACAAACAAAUCAGUACUAUCAUUACAAAAAGGAGGUUCAAAGACUGCCGUGUAGCAAGUUCAAGAGUUUAGUUUUGUGAAAAAAGUGAUCUCUUGGUCAGGAUUUCCUCCUCGGCGACGUACGCUCAUCCGUGCUCCACCGGGUUUCCUCCUCCUCCCCUGUCCCUCCUUCCCCCAUCGCAGAGACGUCCAUGCCUCCUUCCAUCAUCGGCAAGGGAGCAGGAGGUGCUCCAGCAGGCGUCCGCCGGCGAAAUCUGCAGGCCAGCCUCCAUCUUCCACCUCUCCUACUCUUCGUUGGUGCAGCAGCGCCAUCAUGCAGUUCGGCCGCUCCUGGGCGCACGAUUCAUGACAAAAUUCGCACCAUACAUUAUUAUUAUGUCAUUUAUUUUCAGCAACUAUUCAAAUAGUUUGUACAUUCUGAAUUGCAAAAAAAAUAUUGUACACUUACAUGUGAUAAACACAUUUACCUUAAUAAUUGUCCCCAAUAAGCAGCUAGAAAGAUUCAUCUUGUACAUAUUUCUUACUUUCUAUCACUAUUAGUUCAAGUGAUCAAAAUGGUAUAAAAAACAAGUUGAAUAUUCCUCGUUUUGUGUCUGGAUCCAAAACAUUUUCAAUUCUAGUGUAGCUUGCUAUAAGAAAAUAUAACUUCACUGUGCAAAAGCUCAAUGGUUCAAAUGCGAUUUGUAAUUCACUGUGCAAAUGAAAUAUAUAAGUUCAUAGUAGUCUCGGUUGAGUUUAUUGCUUCAGUUCAAUUUCUAAUUUUGUUCAGUUCAAUAUCCAGUUUUAGUUCAGUUCAAUUCUUAUUUUUAGUUUAGUUAAGUCAACUCUUAUUUUUACUUCGGCUAUCUGAUGUAUUCCCCAUGUUAUUUGAGUAACCGAAAAGUGCUUCAUUUUCAUGCUUCUAAGAUACUACUCCUCCGUAUCUAACUGAGCUUCAGCAUGCUUCUUUCUGUCUUAGUACUAAUUUUCUUUGCCAUCAUAUAUCACAAGAUAGUACUGUUUGUAUCCUACUAAUAGUUUCUAGAAACUUGAUGAGUUAAUAAAUGAAUAAUUUCUUGUUGCAAGUCUGGUCUCAUUGUCCAUGCUAUCUUGUUAUGCUUAUUAAGAUUGUCCAUGCCAUCUUACUCUAGUUGGUAAAUGAGUGAAGAACUUUUUGAUAUUCCGAGUAGGAAAAUUUUGAUCACAUAGCUAGUAGUAACUAAAGAGAGUUCAGUUUGUUAUCUUAGUUAAGUUCAAUUUCUAAAUUUUAGUUAACUUAAAUUAAGCUCUAUUUUUAUUUUUGGUUCAGUUCAAUAAAACAAAAAAUGGAGGUUCAGAUAUGGCGCCGAGAUAGGUUCAGAAAAUGGGGGCAACAACAACGGCAGUAGCAACAUCGAAGAGCUGGAGAUGAGCAAGUUAGGUACUGGCAAUGACAUCGACAAGCGCGAGAUGGCGGCCGCUGACGUCGCUAAAUCCCUCUAUAAACAGGUGGUUGGCUACUCCAAGCGGUAAAUGUGGUCGGAUUUAGCAGCUAGCUCUUCCUCGAGCAACCAUUUGGAUAACUUUAUUGUGUUCUUGUGGUGGUGAUUGAUUUUAGGAUCAGUAAAGUUGAUGUUGGUAGCUAGCUUGCGUAUGGAACCAGCAAAUUCAAUAUUGGCAUUAGAUUCAGUUCUUGUACAAAUGUCCCAGUGUUCACAUUUAUUUGGGUAAAAGUUUAUUUUAGUUCA